AUGGCCGACACCGAGGAUGCCAUAGUCAUUGGUAUCGACUUCGGAACCACUUUCUCGGGAGUCAGCUGGGCAUUCUCUGGACAGCCAAACGACAUCGAAGUCAUCACGAGGUGGGAAUCAGAGAUGAAUUAUGCCUCCGAUAGGGAGAAAGCACCGACUACAAUUUUGUACCGUGGCACCCAGAACGCUGUUUCUUGGGGUUACGAGAUCCCGGUCGAGGAAAUCCAAGACGCAAUAAGAUGGUUUAAACUUCUCCUGAUUGAUGGACCGGACCUUCCUGACAACCUUCGACAUUCGUCCCGGUUAAUUGCAGCAAGGAAGGCCGUCAAAGCCUCUAACAAAGACCCGGUGGAGAUAAUCGGGAGCUACAUACGGAGAUUGUGGAACCAUUCGAUUGAAAGCAUCGGUAUUUCAGCUGGAGAUGAGCUCGUCAAAAUGUGUAAAUUCCACGUCGUCAUCACGUUACCGGCAAUCUGGCCCGAGUAUGCCAAAGCUCGUAUGCGCCGUGCUGCAGAAAAUGCCGGCCUCCUUGAAGAGCGUCCCGCCGGACAGACAACGCUCGCAUUCAUUUCAGAGCCCGAGGCUGCCGCUCUAGCUACGAUGAGAGAUCUUGCAGGACGCCCCAACAUCAAGGCUGGAGACCACUUCGUUGUUUGUGAUGCCGGUGGCGGCACCGUCGACCUCAUCAGCUACGAAGUGCUGAGCCUGAAGCCCAUGGUCGUUCGCGAGGCUAUUAAAGGAGACGGGGAGUUAUGCGGUGGAGUUUUCCUUGAUGAGGCAUUCGUCAACCUGAUCAAGGACAAAGUCACUGCGCAGGCCUGGGACAAUGUUCCCAAAGACGAGGCCGCGAAUGUUCUCAAUGGAGACUGGGAACACGGCAUAAAGCAACAGUUUGACGGCCAAAAAGAUCGACAGUGGCACAUCAAGUUGCCUUCCGGAUGCCGAGUCAAAAAAAACCCGGAGCAAGGCAUUAAGCGAAAACGCAAUCUGAUGCUCAACCUCCAGGACCUGCUCUCUGUCUUCGACCCCAUCGCCAACAAGAUCAGUUCCCUUGUUCAGAAACAAAUCGAUGGCGUUCGUGCCAAAUCGGGCAAACUUCCCAAGAACAUCAUUCUCGUCGGCGGUUUUGGUAGAUGCCGCUACCUUCGUAGCCAUCUUCGGUCAGCCAUUGACACAGACAUCGCGCUUCUCCAAGCGACAGGCGCAAAGCCCUGGACUGCCAUUUGUCGUGGUGCAGUAGUCCAAGGUCUCACUCAACAAAACCUGUCUCCUGGCCUAUCCGUUAGUGUCACAUCCAGAAUCGCUAGAGCGAGUUAUGGAGCCGUGUUCUAUACCGAAUUCGACAGAAAGAAGCACAGUGCUCGUUCCAAGAAGUGGUCCAAAGAAGAACAGAAAUGGAUGGCCCAUAACCAGAUGAAUUGGUUUCUUAAGCAAGGUACCGAUGUCUCGAGCACAACUCCCGUGAGUGAGGACUUUUACCGCUUGUUCUCUUCGGCCCCUUCCGAGGUUUCCGAGUCGCUCCACGUCAGUUCAGCCUGGCCUCCGCCAUCCGAGAAGGACAGCUCGGUCAUGGAGCUGUGCGAGAUCACUUGGAACAAGAAGAUAGACUUUGAAGCUCUUCCACGUCAUGUCAACUCUCUUGGUAAAGUUUUCCAUCGUCUCGACUACACCAUCGAAAUGGUUUGCGCUGGUGCGAGCAUCGACUUCUCAGUCAGCCAUGACGGCAAGCGCGUCGGCGCCAAGAAUGUGUCCGUGGUUUUUGACACGGAGGCAGACGACGCGAAGCCGAAGAGAUCUCCUUCAUUGUGA